GUCAACCAACCCAAUGCUGCCACUAAGUGUCCCAAGCCACCCCCUCUCCUGCCCCCACCGACGGUCUUUCAGAAUCAAGCACUUCAGCCAGCACAGCCGGUUACAGCUGGUGAACUCCACGGGCGCGGACACCGGGGAGUACAGCUGCUGGGCUCGAGACUGCCAGGAUGCCGCCUGCACGGAGGGCGAGGACCGCCAGGGGAAGACCUUCAUCUUCGUCACAGACCCAGAAGAACUCUUUGUCCCCACAGACAAUUAUUAUGAGGUGAUACAGUUACGCAGUCAUCAACCAGUCCUGCUUCCCUGCCAGGUGACCAACCCCCUGGCCCAGGUGACGCUGCAUCGAGAGUUCCCCCCAGAGGAGGUCCCAGUGGAUGGUACGGACAUCUCCUUUGAUGUGAAGAAGGGCUUCACCAUCCACCGGCCCCGAGCUUCCUUGGCUGGCUCCCUCUUCUGCUUGGCCAGCCUACGAGGCAUGAGACAAAUCUCUACCAAGUACAUGCUGAUCUACAUCAACUACCCAUCAUCGUCCCCCAAACCCACCAUCCAAGCUUCAACAACAUCGGUCCUCCUGGGAGAGAACUUCAGUGUGGCCUGCACGGUUCUGAGUGAGCCAGAGAUUGCUGUGGACUUCCGUUGGGAAUAUCCGGGGCAGAAGAUGGGCCGACCCCCCUAUGUCAGCGAGUGGGCUGACGUGGUCCACAAGGAGGGCCAGGCUCAGCAGGAGGCAGGGAGCACCCUGUAUGUGGAAGAGGCCCGGGCUGGGGACGCUGGCGUCUACACCUGCCGGGCCACCAACCUUCAGGGCACUGGGAUGGCCACCACCCGUGUCCAUGUGACCCGGAGCCCUUGAGUCUCCCCUGCCCCUUCCUAGUCCCUCCCUGACUGCAGGCAUCUGCAUAUGAGCAGUGGGCAGAAGCAGGGGUAGGUAAUUGUGUGAACUUUGGUGUUUUAUAUGCCAAGGAGGUGCCCCCCUUGGGGAGAAAGAACCUUAGCCUUCACCCCUUACACUCUCCCAUCUCUACUUUCACCCCUCACUUCAUGUUCACUGCCUCACGCCCUGCCCUGACCUGCUCUGAAAGCCAGCUCCAUUCCAACCCCAGGUGCAGGGCUGGGCAAAGCCAGGGCCAGGGGGGCACCAGCACCCCGGGAGGAAGCCUAGACCCUGCUGAGCCACCCAGGCCCCAGGAUUAUUCCUCACAGAUGUCUGCCCCUGGCAGAGGUCAUCAGCAGGAUCCACCUCUUCCCUCUCCCAGGAAAACACAGAGGCCAAGAGAAUACUAUUGUGUUUCUAUUUGGUUUCCAUAGCUUGUCUGCCCCAGGGUGAGGCUAAGACCACAGUUUAUCUCUCCAGGCACCACAGGCUACACAGGGAAACCCUGUGCUCCCCACAACCUGCCCCCUUUCCAGCCCUGCCCCGCCCAUAGAAACAGGCUUUCCAAAGGGCAUUCUGCAGCCGCUGGAAGCGCUCUGAACG